AUGGCUGUCGACCUUUCAGAGGAAGAUCAGGAUGUGCAAGUAACAAAAGACAAAAGACAACAAGCUUUAGCAAAUCCAAGGUUCACGUACUCUGUGAGAAACAAAACACUGGGGAGCCAGCUUCAAAAUGAAACGGACGAUAUAAGAACCCUGCCAAAUGUGUCUUUUAAAAUUAACGACAAAGAACCUAAUGAUUUUGACUUGAAGAAUAAUUCAGCGAGGAAAACAGUCACACUGAAACAUCCUGGAUCUGAUGCCAAAUCCUUAAUACCUCAACAUCGCCCUGAACUCACUGUGAACCAAGAGGAAAGGAGCAAUUUGACUAAUGGAGAGGUGGAAGGUGUAAUUAAUGAUCACGGCCUAGUGCCGAGUUCAGAGGAGGAGCACUCUCUCCAGCCCGGGCUCCGUUUGGAGACGGAUGUCGGCAAGGAUCUGCCUGAGAAGACACCGGGUCGCCCCAAAUGGCUCACCGAAUCUGAGGUCGGUGGGUCGGGGCCUCGCUCUCGCCGCCGGAGGAGCUGGCUGUGGAACCAGUUCUUUGUGAUCGAGGAGUACAGAGGACCGGAGCCCGUGCUCAUCGGACGGCUGCACACGGACAUGGACAGCGGAGACGGGCACACCAAGUACAUGCUGGAGGGAGAGGGGGUGGGCUCCGUGUUUGUUAUCGACGGCAACACGGGCAACAUACAUGUCACCAAGUCCCUGGACCGCGAGGAGAAGGACCAGUACCGCCUCGUCGCCACAGCGACAGACCGACAGACCGGCCGAGCCCUGGAGCCCUCCUCCCAGUUCAUCAUCAGAGUGCAGGACAUCAACGACAACCCGCCCAUCUUCCCCAGUCAAACCUACGUCGCCAUGGUGCCGGAGAUGGCCAACAUUGGCACCUCCAUAAUCCAAGUCACUGCCAGAGAUGCUGACGAUCCCUCGUAUGGAAACAGUGCCCGGCUGGUGUACGCCAUCACUCAGGGACAGGACUAUUUCUCUGUGGAUGCUCAGACAGGCGUCCUGCGAACAGCCGUGCCCGACAUGGACAGGGAGACCCGGGAUGAGUAUCUGGUCGUCCUCCAGGCCAAAGACAUGGGGGGCCAUCUGGGCGGUUUAUCCGGGACCACAACCGUCACCGUGAAGCUGAGCGACGUCAACGACAACCCCCCUCACUUCAGGCGGAGCGCGUGGUCGUUCUCUGUGUCUGAGCUGGCAUCACCGGGUGUGGAGGUGGGCCGGCUCACUGCCGCGGACCCCGAUCUGGGAGAAAACGCCCAGCUGGAGUUCACUAUCCUGGACGCGGAGGAGGCCGAGAUAUUCAACAUAACAGCGAGAAACCGCGAGGGCAUCAUCGAGCUCAACAAGCUGCUGGAUUACGAGACCCGCAACUCCUAUACUUUCUCCGUGGAAGUUGCCAACCCUAUAGUGGACGCCCGGUACCUACGGAAAGGUCCCUUUAAGGACCAGGCGACGGUCCGGGUCAUGAUCCUCAACGCUGAUGAGCCCCCGCAGUUCUCCCAGACUCGGUACCAUCUGGACGUGUCUGAGAACUGCCCCCCUAUCUGCUCUGUGGGCCGGGUCUCUGCCGUCGACCCGGACACGGGACAAAGCUCCAACAUCAGGUACUCCAUUGAUCCACAGUCGGACCCCGAGGCUCUGUUCCGCAUCGCCUCUGACACGGGCUCCAUCAACACGGUGAUGGAGCUGGACCGCGAGCUGGAGCAGUGGCACAACAUCACCGUCAUCGCCACACAGAGGGACAAUCCCAAUCUUGUGUCAAGGGUUGUGGUGGCCAUAGAGACACUAGACCAGAAUGACAAUGCCCCAGAGCUGGACAGGCAGUACUCCACAUCUGUGUGUGACUCCAGUGGCCCCGGUCAGGUAGUUCAGGUUCUGCGAGCCAUCGACAGGGACCAGGGAGGACAGGACACGCCGAUCCACUUCAACAUCCCCCCAGAGUCCAGCUCUGCACUCAAUCUCACCAUCAGGGAAUCUGGAGGUGUGACAGCCAGCCUGGUGCUCCAGUCAGCUUUGGAUCCCCUCCCUGGCUUCUCCUCAUCCUUACUCACCCUCUACGUGCCGGUCGUGCUACGUGACGGCGCCUCGGGUCUGACCAACACUGGCACCGUCACUGUGACCAUUUGCCCCUGUUUGCGAGGGGGCAUGCAGACGGAGGAUAGGGGGAGACAGAGGGACAGGCGAUGGGAGAGGCACAUGGUUUGUCUGCCCAUGCCGUCCGCCUCUCCGUCUCUCAUAUUCAGUUUGGUCACCUUGCUCGCCAUGCUGGCUUGUGCCACCACUCUGCUGGUGGUGUGUGCACUCUCGCUGUCAUUGCGCCAUCAGAAGCGAGACUCCCACUCACCCUUCGAGGAGGAUGAUGUCAGGGAGAACAUCAUAUCCUAUGAUGACGAGGGGGGAGGGGAAGCGGACACCGCAGCUUUUGACAUUACAGCCCUGCAGAGCAUGCACAGAAUGCAGCACAUGCACAACAGAAACAUAUGGUACACCCAGCAGAAUCCGCCGAGGGCCAGGGCGUACAGCUGGAGCCGUAACCCGCGCCCCGGCCUGGCCCCUCAGCAGAGGCCGGGCUCUGCCCCGCUCUACGGGCGCCUCUGCUACGGCAUCCACACGCUGCCUGUUCUCCGAGAUUAUCCAGCUGGGCCACUGGAGGCAGGGCUGCAGUUAACACAGCUGACCCACGGGCUCACCGGAGGUCAUAUUGGCAGUUCCCUUGUCAUCCAGAACCAGAGCACCUUUGAGCCGCUGCUGCAGUCUCCUGAGACGAGCCCUGCUAGUUAUGAAGCAGAACACAUUCUGGCGAAGAGCAAUAUUACCGACAGAAAUGAAAGCAGUGAAGCGAAUGAAGAAGCAGAUACAAAAGAGAAUCUGGAUCAGGCCAAGACAGACCCAACAGAAGCAGUGCUGGCACCAGCCGACGACGCUGCAAAUCUGACCUACUCCGACCCAAAUGAGUCUUCUCUCCAAAGUCAAGCCAGCUCCUCAUCAAACCAGCAUGAGGGGCGGCCGGGGUCAUCGCAGACUCAGAUCAGCACGGGAGCCACCAGCUGCACCCUGGAUGACAUUGAUACUGAUUGCUCCAUUCCCUCGGUCUCAGAGAGAAAUUAUUCAAACGGUAGUCAGAUUCACUCUGUGAACCCUCCUGUUUACCUGACAUCAGACACGUACAGCAUCGUGGGCUCGCUCAAUCCCAACGGCAGGGGGACGUGUAUGAAUGGGACGAGCAGCAGCGGCCUGUACCCAGCGGGGGUGCAGCUACUGAACACGUGCAGUCUCCAGAGAAAGGAUUUGACCCCGCAACCUUUGCCCUUACCUGGGGGCGUGUUUGGCAGCAGCAGAGGCUGGCCGUUCAGGGCGGAGCCUGCGACGGCUGAAGCCUCCAACCCGCAGCCUCUCUGUAUGGAGGACCUCCUGAACUUCCGCCUGAAUCAGGUCACCUUUGACCUGUCACAGCCUCCCUAUGACUCACUGCAGACUUAUGAGUUUGAGGGCCGUGAUUCAAGAGCUGAGUCACUGAGCUCGCUGGAGAGCGACAGGGAAAAGGACGAUGGGCAGGUGGUGGGAGGGAUGGAGGAGUUGAACCAGAAGUUUCAGAGGCUGGUGGAGAUCAUCCGAGAGAGGGAGAGGGAGAAGGAGGCGGAGAGAGGAGAGAUGGGGGCGGCUGAGGAAGCUGAGACCGCAGAGGCCGCUCUGAGCGAGCCUCACAAACAGACAGAGAACCAGAAAAAGGAAAUACAGAGAUGGGAUUUCUAGUCUGCAAAAAAGGAAGAGGUUGAAAGAGGAGCGCUCUGUUGACAGUGAUAGAUUUUAAACACAGCAGGAGGGGAGAAGUACACGUCCUCCGACGGGAACCCUCUUGUUUUUCCUCCCUGCCAGGAAAUAUCCAUGAGGCUGACAGUAGGUCGAGGAGCCGCGGUGGAAUCAGUGCACAGCGUAUAGUUUUCACAUCCACUAUGUUUAGAAGAUGCAUAUGGAAUCUGUCACUUUUCACACUUGUGUAACUGAUAUUAAUAAUGCACUUGGGCUUUCAAAGCGGAUGUUAUGAAAAUUUAACUUUUUUUUUUUUAAAUAUUGAUUCUGAGCCCUGAAAGCUGCAUUGUUAGAAAAUAGGCCUCGUUAAAAAUGGAGUGGAAUUGUGAAAUUUAAUAUUGAUAGUUUAUUAGGGGCCCACUCACGAUGCCUCUUUGGAAUCUGAAUGGAACAUUUGCAUCUGAGCGGGAGAGUGUUAGAACCACACAAGCGCUCAGCUCUGUGGGUCGACUCCGCCAUGUGUUCACCGAGACUCUCCAGGAAACAUGACUCUCUACGUUUGUAUACUGGAGCUCUGUAGCGAGGGUACGACUCCAGAGUGUACUCUCCAUUACUGUAGCAGAAUCUGCUCACUAUGCAAUUUGCACACAGAAAUGAUUAGAAUGUCACUGUUGAAGACUUGUGCACUGUUGUGAACGGUGAGUAA